AGGUUGCCUGACAGCGGUUGCACAACAGGACUUCUGGAGUCUAUUUUAAAAUGUUCGCCUUUGAAAUUUAAACUAUGCCGUUUCCGGCAUUAGUCCGUGCAGUUGUUUCUAUGAUAUGAGAGUUAUGAGGAGACAGAAUGAAAUGACGUACGUUAAACGACUUAUAAAUCAUAAAAUACGUAUUAUUACAAAUUUGUAGACGCCACUAGGACAAAGUGACGGGCCGUCCAGGAACGCGGUUUUACAUUAUAAAUAAUUUAAACGACGUAUAUUAAAAGGGAUUCGUAGCUGAACGUUUUAAUCAGACUGUAUGUCAUGCUGAUUAAGUGUUUUUUGGUAUAGAACAUUUGUCAAAAUAUUUGUACGUGCCGUACCGAUCAGACUGCUUAGUGGACACAUUUUUAGCCUAAAAAUACUUGGGACGGGGCAUCGAUACCGUGGCUAAGCAAACAGGACGGCUCGCAGGGCUGCGGAGAUGGGAUAGUCACUGGCAUUACCAGCACGGAGCCCUGUUAUCUGGAAGGCGGCGGUCGUUUCGAAUCUUUUUUUCUUGCGCAGCACCGGCCAUGUGACAAUGGGAGUGUAAGGGCAGCCGGCGAAGGCAAUAAACGUGGAUCGGUUACCAUUUACGUCUCCCAGUUUGACGGACGAAAGGUUAAGCGGCCGUGCGCCUGCGUGAGCCCCACUGCACUGCGGCGAAGGGAGGCGAGCCGGGCGCCGCUGUCGCGGGAGCGCGUACCCGCCUCACGGGCUUCGGGAGUCGGCCGGUUCGGGCGGACGCAUGCAGGACUGCGGGCGCCAUGUGCACCGGUGCGCUUCCCGGGACCGGAGUGGCUGCGGCGGUCGGAGCAGGAGUGGCUGAAUCGGUGGAGCGGAGUGUAUGAUCGGCUCCCGGGAAAAGCGAGAUGUCUACGAGCAGGUUCGGCAGGCUGCCGGCCGAGGACAGAGGCUUGCACCGCAGACUGCUGUCCUUCAUUUACUACCAAGCGAUCCGGGACCUGCACCCGGUCUGGAAGCUGGAGGACAUGAGGACUAUGGAAACGUUUUACUGGGACAGGCAGCAGCGACGGAGGACCUACACCCCCUCGGAGGCUCUCCUCUACGCUAUCGUGCAUGACCACCAAGCCUAUGCCCAGUACCUCCUCAGCCAGUACGCCGAGGAGGCUUUAGCUAUGCCCAGUAAGUACAUCUGCAGCUAUCCGGCGGCGGCUCCGCACUUGGCCAUGGCUGUCAGAUACGAACGCAAGGAUAUUUUAGAGAUCAUCCUACGGGCGGUGCACAAGGUGCCCAGUCUGCGUUCCUGCCUGCGGCGUGGCGACUGCUUCAGUCUGGAGGACGGCAAGACGCCGCUGCAUCUCGCCUGCGAGCUUCUUCACCUGGAGAUGAUCACCCUGCUGCUGGGAAACGGCGCCUCGCCGCAGACCGAGGACGGCGACGGCAUGACGCCCGUGGACCUGCUGCUGAAGAAGCUGCGGGACGCCGGCAGUACCGCGGCGGGGGAGAAGCGCCUCUGUCUGGAUAACAUGAUCCUGUUUAUGACCAAACUGCGUUUCAAUACGAAGAGUUCCCUGGAGAAGGACCCCGCUGCCUGGACCAAGGUCUUGGGCGAGGAUCGCUUCAACUACCUUACGGGGAAAAGCCCCGGAUCGCUGCUCCUCAUAGCUAUGCAGAAGGUCUUGCAGCUGCUGCCCAGCGACAGGUUCCCCAAGAGUCUGCAGGAGCUUGCCAUCCCCAGUUCCCUGAAGCAGCUGCCCGUCCUGCACCCGGUGCUCCCCGCAGACUUUCACUAGCACUGCGGUCUAUUCACGGACAUUUUUUUUUUUUUUGAUCAAAGUGCAUUUAUCGUGCUGUUAUUUGUAACGCAUGUUUAAGGGGGUCGUUUUCUUCAAGCAUGAGAAGUAUUUUAACGUCGCCGGCACAAUGCCGAGUUACGCCUUUUUAAACACUCCGCUCCAGUGGACUUUUAAUGACAGUUCGGUUCGUUACGGACAGCUGUUUAAUACUGUGUACAUUAUAUUUUCAAGAUAAUUCAUAAAGGCGAUUUUUUUUGCGCCUACAACUCUCCAAAACAGGUUUUACAUAACAGUAAUGAAUGAUGCUGGGUUUACAUUUUCAAAUAUGUUCAAAGAGAAUGUUAUUUUAUCCUUUAAGUCCAGUAAGUAUUAUUUGGACGUUUUGCACUAACCUUGGGAAUAGGUAUAUUUUAAACAAAAAAUAAUUGCGAAAUGGCAAGAACGCGAGCUCUUCAGAAAAUGUACUGAAAGAUCUGUUGUCCUUUUCUCGGUAUGUAUGCAAAGGGGCAGUUUGUGUGCUGGACAGUAGAAUUUGUUUGGGGAUGGUCAUUUUCUGUCCAGUCAGCCAAACGAACUACAGUCAUACGGGAAUGCAUAUCCUGCUAGCAGUAUGCACAUGGCUGAAUUCUGUAUUAUUAGAUGUAAUGUGAAAGCAAGCAGUCUGUCACCAUCAAAAUAACAACAUUGUUCAUUUGCA